AUGUCACCCAAAUUUUUCCAAGAUCCUGUGCUUUCCUUAGCAUCAAACAGCAUUGGAAAGCUUAAUACGUUAGAUGCAGACAGUUUGUGGUGUAUAUGGAUGGUAUUUACAAAAUGCGCGGAAAAUCUUGAAAAUGGACGUAGACUUGAGAAUUUAUCAUGGCGUCUUUGGCGUAGAACGGCAUUCUUUCUGCAUAACACGCCAUCUAUGUUGGAAGAGUCAGAUCUGCACAAGGAAUUACCAAAGUUUAUAAAAGACAAAAAUUUAGAUGUGCCAGAGUUAUCAGUGAGUGUAGACUCUGUAUCAUCAAUAGAUGAGCAUGAAAUAAAGGGAAAAAUUGCAAAUUAUCACACGUCUAAUGUGCCGGUGCUUUUACCAGCACCAUCAAAAAAACAAAAUACAAUACGGUGUGUUUCACCGAACCAAUUUCAAAAAAUUAUUACAAAUUUGAUGCCUUUUAAUAUUGAGGUUGGGAAAGGGAAAAAUGUGGACAAUAAGGGAAUACUAACGUCGCAUUUAUAUGAAAAAAACACUUCAGAAACACCUAAAGAGAAUCAAGUACAUUCUAGCAUAUCGAAUGAUUUGCAGCAGGAAUAUUCUUGUCAGGUAUCUUUAUUAUCUUCAAGCAUAGAUACUUCAUUUUCUACAGAAGCGGAACCACCACAGUUAAGCAAAAAGCAUUCAAAAUCAGCAAAAAUUGUUAAUACCUCAAAACCUUAUGUAAAUAGAAUUUCCAACAAUACUAUCCAGCAUCAUCAUACGCAAAUACAGGAGCCAUCUGAAAAGCCUGAUAAAAUGUUUUUCAUUCAAGAAACAUUGCCAGUUGAGUCAUUUAUAGAAGAUGUAUCAAAAAGUGAGUUUAAAUCGAUUAAACUGAAGCAAUCAUCUCAUCAGCCAGCUAAAUCGGAGAAGCAUAUUUCAUUUCGGAAGUUAACGAUUGCACCAUCUGAAUUAUCAAAAAAUGAACUAUCUGAUUGUAAUUCCUACAAUUCAUUAGAUGAUAAUGAUUGGGAUUCUGUUUAUGAUUCUAGCGAUUUUUCGAGUACGAAUGAAAAGCCUAUAUUUCAAAAAAUAAGUACAUGUUCAUCUCAACCACAGCUUCAGUCUCGUAGAUCAUUAUUAUCAUGUAUGUUGCAAAGUAAAUCGGGCAAAACUUUAGCAAAUUCAGGCUCUAAAUCAUCACCAGCUAUUGCAUUAUCACAGGCUUCUGCUUCUCCUGUAAUUCCUAAACAAACAACAUAUAAUCAACAUCCUAUUAUGGAUCAUGUUUCAAACACAUCUUUUAAUGUCAUAUCUCCUAAUGUCAUAUCUCCUCAAAUGAUACGUAGAAAUAUGUUUGCUACUGAAUUGUCAGAAAGUCUUUGCAGAAAUUUAUUAUGGGAGCGUCAGCAGAGAUCAGCAGCCAUAUUUAAUACGUUAAAAUAUCAUAAUACUGUGCAUGACACAGCUAAUGUAGACAGAUUAUCGGUUCAAACUCGUAAAGAAGGCUAUGAUUUUUUUGAUGAUACAGAUUAUGGUUAUCACGCUGCUGGAUGGUGA